UAUACAACUUGGCUUUUAAUGUUAUGGCUUUAAAUCCUUCCAACUUACAAUAAUAAAUUAUUUUAGAUUGAAUAAUGCUACCACUUUUUUAAGAUACUGUAAAAAACACUUUUGUUUUCUCAUGCUGACAGAGAAAGCAUUGAACUUGCCCAUUUUGUUUCAUGUGGAUAGGCCCAGUAAUUAUAGCGAUAUUACCCAUAAAUCAGGUCAACAAAUCUGCAAUCUGAACAGCAAAUUCUGACUUACAGCUCAAUUUCUAGAAUGGCAUAACAGAACCUAUUUGGUUAAGAGAGGCCAGUUGAGUUCAUUAGUAGCCAGUAUACUGGUGAUGUUGUAGAUAAGGCUUGAAUAUUACAUGUACAGGUACUUGUCAUUUCACUUCUUACAGUAUUAACAUGAAUUUGACUAAACAGCAAUUGCUGCCUUUGUGAGGGUUUUAAUUCAAUGCUUUACUUUCAAUUGUACAAAAACAAGAUAAGUGUUAUAUAGUAUUAAAUUUAUAUACACUACUCUCCAUUGCUUUUUUAAUCAUUAUCAACAUUUGAUGAAUAUAAUCCCACCAUAUAUUAGUACUUCCGGGAACAACCAAACUCUUGUUGAAUUCAGUGCUUGCCAUGUUUACAGUGAAAUUUACAUCAUCGUCAUUACAAGGUUAAUGGCAUGCCUACCCUUAUUUUGCCAUGGCAUGUACAAUAUUAUUGGUAAACUGAGAACAGUAGUAUGUAAAGCUGUAAAUGUGGGUAAAUCUGGCUUUAGACUGAUACAUGGUUAUGUGCUGACCAAAGAGCACAGUGUGUGAGUUUGCAUUGUGAAACAGUUGCAUGUGGUUACAGUUAGCUCCAAGGUCUAGGCCUGUUAACGUGAUAGCAUGGAGCUAAUCAGUUAAAGAGUUACUCUACACAACUGAGAAUUGUUUGGUAGCAUUAGACCUGUAGUAUCUGUUGUUCUGCUGACCUAUUUCUUGUUAGACGGGUAGAUCUUAGGUCGACCUGUAAACCUGUGAUGCCCUCACACAAUAAAAAAUAUGCAUUAUAUUACUGAUGAGUGAGCUUUUGACAACUCAUUGUGACAGAUGUGUACAUAGUAACACCCUGUGUAGCAAUUUAUUUUUAGUGCUUUAUUUUUGUGAUAUUUCUUUGCAUGAUUUGGUUUGGUCACUAAAUUACUAUUAUGCUACAAAUGCUUCUGGAAUAUGAAAUUAUGUCACACUUAACAGUCACAUGGUUAAACAAAUGGGUGUGACAGCUCAGAACUGCCGUGUCAUGCCUCAGGUACACAAGAGGUGUGUACUCUGAGUAAUGUAUUUCCUAGUAAGACAUUAAUGCUUGCUAGCUAAUGUUGGCUGUCCGGGUGUCUUUUAUUUCAACUAUCGGUCAAUGAAAAUAAAAUUAUAAUUUUUACUCAGAAAUAGGCAGGUCUAGCUUCUAAGGCUGCCUUUGAUAAAUGCCGUGUCAACAUUUAUGGAGUGGCAAUCAGAGCAGGACAAACUGUUACAGGAGGUGUCAUAUAACUGGUGUCAUGUCACUGGAGUUGCCAUACUGUUUUUUUCUUCUUAUAUUUUUGUUGAUGUCCAUAAUUUUGCUAAUAAUUUAAAUACUUUUUAGACUCUUAGAUUUGAACUAUGGCUGGAGUACUCUUCACUCUUAUUUCCUGUAAUCUAAUAGUAUGUAAAAAUAUGUUUUAUGGAGGGACAGAGGAGUAGAAACAUAAGAAGCAGAGCUGCAGCUGCAGGAAGUUGUCAUGAGCACACUUUAGCGUUGGUCUUAGAGGCUGUUUAGAGGGUAACCAUCUUGUUUUUUGUUUAUGUAGUCAGUAAACAGGAGCCCUCUUGGUUAAGACAUCUGCCUGACAGGACCAGCUGACUUGGCUAUCUGAACCCUUAAGAAGUUGCUCAACAGUAAAGUCUUUGUUCACUCGUAUUAUUUAACAUUGGUGAUAUUUUAACAUUGACACGGUCUUAGAGUCGACCAGAGAGACUGCUAGAGCUUCAGGGGUCGUAUGUUUGGGUCAUGCGUCCAAACAGAAUCACUGACCUUCUCUGACUAAAAGCUGAGAUCAGCCUGGACAGGAAUGUAGGUUGUCACCAGAGCUAUUUUGGCAAUGUAGAGCCAGUAAUGAUUGUGAUCACAGCAGUGAGCACGGAGCAGUUGCUUUGCCGUCCGUUUUCCUUCAAGCAGGUUUAUCAUGAAUAACCCACCGUGUCUAGAGGGAUUAGAGAGUUAAACGAAUGGCACGUCAGCUCCGCUUGCAUUUUGCGUCAAGGAGAAGUAACACGGACCCUCUGUCAGAGAGCCUCCGCAGUCAUGGUGAAGAGACUGGCGUCAGUGUGUCAACUCACAGCCCAGCGGAGAGCCUGGCGCACACUUCUGUCCACCUAAAGGUGACUCCUCUGUCACCAGAAAAUGGGAUUUUACAACAGCAUUCUGCUCUCUUUAUACCCAGGAUUAAUGCUGGAGCAUGUAGUAAAAAGAGUGUUGUACAGAUCGCUCUGCAGCCAUGUGGAAAGCCCAGUGGGGAUGUGGAUGGCAGUACAGAAGAAGGUGAAGGAGGAGCAGGCGCAGGCUCUGACAAAGGCUCAUGCAGCAGUAUGGCCAGUGACCCUGGGUACUGUAGCAGUAACAGCAUCUUUGAACCAGAAUCUCCAGAAAAGCAGAGGAUCACUCAGGAGCACUGCAUACUGCGCUGUAAGUCCAGAGUACCCUUGAGACGCUGUUCCUCUUUGGUUAUCUUUCCAAAAAGCCCAUGCAGUACUCCGCCAGCUUCUCCUGACAGCCCAGUCACUGUAGGGCCAAAUGAAAUCUCAGGAGAUGAAAAUACCAGUUGUGAUGGACUAAGUUCAGUAAGUGGUCACCUUCCCCCAAGGGGGAGCUGUUCAACAUGUAAGGCUGCUAGAAACAUUGUACAGUUUAAUAAAAUGGAGGAAUGUAAUAAAGUAAUUGAACAAUCUUGUGCACUGGACCGAUCAAAUCGUCAUUCGAGCUGCGUUCGACUGCAUUUUGCCCAUCAGAAACCUGUUUUACCUGCAAAAGGAGCUACUUUUCAACUAGAACAUCCUGAGGCUUUUUAUAGAUCCCACCCUCAGGAGGAUCCGGAUGCUUACAAAAAACUGAAAACAAGCACAUCUGCAUGUAUAUUUUCAAAUAAACCACCAAAUAAGAGGAAGAGCACCUCAGAAAAGGGCCAACCCCACACUCGUCGUGCUAUACAAAGGAGCUUCUCUCUGGAGGUGCCAUACUCCAAUACUGGAAUUUCUUGUCACGUUUCAAACCCAAAGCUCUCCAGUUCCUAUUCUCCGCAUGUGCACAUCCAUUUGUCUCCUUUUUGCCCAAAUAAGAUGCCUCAUGGCAUUAAUCCACACCUUUUCACAAAUCCAAACAAAAACACAGAGGUUAGUAUUUUUGUUAACUAAUUUCUGUAAAUGUUUUUUUCUAUUCAAUUGCAUGAAGUGUUGUUUGUUGAUUCAUAUAAUCUUUGUUUCUUCCUGUAGUUUUAAUUGCAGUGACUGGCUUGGAUACUUGCUUUGCUUUACAGUGGCAGCCUUUUGGACAUUGGUCUUACUCUUAACAGUUAUAGCAAGCAUUCAUUUUGUUUGUGUACAGUGACCUUUUCAGACUUUGUUGUGCAGAAAUUAAUGAAUUAUUUGCCUUACUUGACACAGCAAAUAUAGGACUGUAUCAGUAACUGAAAGGUUUGCUGUUGCUCUGUUUUGUGUUGGAAAUCCCAUGAGGAGAAACAUUCAGUGGUUUUCAGUUUCACUUGUUUUCAAUGGCAUACGUUUUCUCACAAAAAAUUUCAGUGAUUCCUCUAUCUAAAUACUUACAGUGACAUUAAGAAACAAUACUAACUAUGGCUGCCACUAACAAAUGAUAUGUUUUAAUUUUUCAGUUAAGAUGAAAAUGUUCAUUUUGUCCUCAGUGAAGCUAGAGUGAUCCUGCUUGAAAACAUCUUAGUCCUAUUUACCUAUAUAAUCUACUUUCUGUGGGUUAUCUUGAUUCAGUUGCUGUUCUGUCAUAACAACUCUUCUCUCAACACAUGCCAUGUUUUAUGUCUGUGUGUAGUCCAGAUUACAAUUUUCCCAUUACUAUAUUACUUGACAAUAAUUUAAAAGAGCAGUUAGUUGUGAUUAUUUCUAUUAGUUGUUUCAACUCUACUUCUACACUUUUAAAAGUAAUUUAUUAUACUGUUAACGGUAUGAGUAAUUGCCUUAAGUAUUUAGCUGAGCUAUAUUUAGUGGUGGGAAAAGCAGUGCCACUUGCUGAUAUAAAUAAGUGACUCUGAAAUAUUCCCCCUGACUCCAGAUAGUCUGGUGGUCUGAAGCACUGCCCAGUCCUGUGGAUUCAAAUUUAACAUGAUACUAGAGCAGAGCACUGUCAUGCCAGCCAUCUGUGGAGAUGGGGUCAUGUAGGCAGGAAGAGUGUGAGCCAUUUCCAGUAAAAGGAUGGUGUGUCCCGUUCCCUUUGGGUCCCCCACUAGCUUCUGUUUGUGCAGUAUCAAUUAUCGCACCCCACCACCUUAAUGCACAUUUAGCAGGUUGUCAAGUUAGAAGUUCACCAGUAAUUAGCAAGUGCUUUUAAAUAAGCACAUUUUAUUCUAAUUCUUACUACUUUUAAUUCUGUCAGUUCUUGGGUGUGUGUAUUUUUUAUUUAAAAUGGAAAUGCCUUUAAUUAUAAAUGCAACUAAUGCAUCUCUAAAUGUAUUGGGUGUUUAAAUACUCUGCUAUAAUGGGCGUAAUUUCUAUUUGUAAAAAUGCAGAUUGAGUUUUAUUACCAUUUUACUGUGCUACAAUAGUUUAGAGACUAUUAUUUUUACUGCCAUUUUGAGUCAGUUUUUGUACAACUAUUUAUGAAUAAAUCAAACCCUGCCUUAUGUACUCUAGUUAUUUAGCGGUAUCUCUAUUAUGGCAUCCUGUGAUAGUUAAUAGUCUUUAUUUAAUUAAGCUGUAUUGAUUGAUAUUGUCUUUUAAUGAUAUUACAUUCAUUUUUAAAGAAUAACAAUAAUGUGUCAGUAAUUUUGUGUACUAUUUAUGUUUUUAUAAGAUCAGUCUACUACUGUUGUUAUAAUAUAUGUUAUAAUAUGUUUGACUGCUGAUGUGGAAACUGUGCAUUUGAAACAGAGACAUUUUAAAUCUUUCAUAUCUUUUUGUUCUAUUGGGUAGAAUAACAAGCAAAAAUCUAGGUUCCAUACACUUAUGGCACAGUUUGGUAAAUAACUGUGAAUACAUAGGGAAAGGUCUACCUUGUACUUUGAUAUUCGUGCUACAUAUUAACUAUUAUAGUGUGCUUUUUAUUUGUUUUGAGAGGUCUUGUGCUUAUAUCUGUGCAUCUCUUUCU